AAAAAUAAAAAUGUAGCAAUAUUUGGUCUUCCCUCAAGAGAACAGUGUUUGAAUUAAAAAUUUAAACCAGUUUAUACUCGGGUUUUAAGGCUGAAUGUGCAGUUUCUUUACGUUUUAAUUCUGCGAUCGCGUCCUCGAGGUUCAGCAGCUCCACAACCGCUUCUGUGGUUGUUACUGACCAAAACACAGACUUGCUUGUCGGGCUCUGUAUAUAUAUUAUUACUAACUAACGGAAAUAAUCUAACAAUGAGGCCAAAGACGAAAAAACGUGCUGUUAAACAAGACGACUCCAUCAACAAAAUUUGUAAGCUUUGCGGGCGUUGUGAUGAUUACCCUGAGAAAUACGGAGAGAAGGUCACACUUGAUGAACCCAAACUCACUGUGCACUACUUUUGCUUGUUGAUGUCCAGUGGAAUAUUCCAAAGAGGACAGGAACACGAAGGCAUACAUGGGUUUUUGGUUGAUGACAUUAUAAAGGAGGCCCGUAGAUCUGCAAGGCUGCGGUGCAUGGGCUGUAAAAAGAUAGGUGCUUCAGUGGGAUGCUCCAUCAAAAGCUGUAGACAGAUGGUCCACCUGCCCUGUGGAAUAGAACAGGAGUUUAUUUUCCAAUUCACUGGCUUGUUUCCAUCUUUUUGUAGAAAGCAUUGCCCCAUUCAGACCUGCUCUUCCAUGCCCACCCUGCCUCUGUCCUGCUCUAUCUGCUUGGAGUUCAUUGAGCCGGUUCUCUCCUACUCUGUGCUUAAGUGCCCUGCUUGUCAUGGAAGCUGGUUUCAUAGGGAUUGUGUUCAGAAUCAGGCACACAGUGCUGCCUUGUAUUUCUUCAGAUGUACCUUAUGCAACAACUCCGAUCAGUUCCAGCAAGAAAUGCUCAGGAUGGGAAUACACAUACCAGAAAGAGAUGCAUCAUGGGAGUUGGAGGAGAAUGCUUAUGGGGAACUGUUGCAAGUUUACCAACAUUGUGAUGCCGUUAAAUGUUCAUGUGAAAAAGGUCGCAGUUACAGUGCACAGUCAGGGUUUUUUGAAAUUGUUCGUUGUAAGUUUUGUGGUUCCAGUGGAACCCAUCGUAAAUGCUCUUCUCUCAAGCUUUAUGAGACCAACUGGAGUUGUGAUGAUUGCAAAGCUGCUGUUGAGGGAGCAGUUUCCACAUUGCCAAACCAUGUUAAAUCACCAUUAGCACAGAGGCAAGAGAAGAAAAGACUGCUUAAAAGAUGUCUCUCCAGUUUUCACCCAUCGUUCAUCCCUAAACGGUUCUGUAUGGAUGCAAGUCCCUCAGUGAUCUUAAAGGAUCUGGCCACUCAGAGAUCAACACAGCAUAUCACAGCAGUGAUUGUGAAAAAGGAUGAUGUGGUCGAAGCUGCCCUUCAGGCUGUGCGGCAGAGUGACUUUAAUCCCUGUCACAUGCUGUCUGUGAGCUUCACUAAAGACAAACAGAGCCAAACGGUGGGCACACAGCGUCGUUUCCUCAGACUCCUCCUGCUGAAAUUAAAGAACUCGUGUGUCUUUGAAGGACCUGACCAUGCUAAAAACCUGGCUCUCAGCUCACAAGCUUUGAGAGAUGAUCUGUAUUUUGAGGUGGGAAGUCUGCUGGCUCUUUCACUGGUCCAUGGAGGCCCUCCUGUGACCUUUUUCUCUCGAGCGCUGUACUACAGUUUAUUUCAUUACCCCACUGACUAUAAGUUCACUCCUGAAGACUUGGGAGAUGUCACAUUAGUGUACUCGGUUAACAAGAUAGCGCAAUCAAGCUCUUUGAAGGAACUGAGGAGAGUGGUGCAUCCCAUGAUGGAAUUUUUGCAAGUAGCAGGCUGCUGGCGAGAGAUCACUAAAAUGUCUGACAAAAACCUGCUGCUGGAGGACAUUCUAAACUUUUACUUCCUCUUAAGAAUGCAGUUACCUCUUCAAAGGUUUCGCGAGGGCCUUAAAGCCUUAGGUGUGUUUGAUCGAGUCCAGGCAUGUCCAGAGGCCUUCUGCACAAUUUUCUGUGGCCCAGAAGAAAGGAUGACUGCUGACACCAUGUUUUUACUGUUCACUGCUUGUUUUUCUGAGGAAGAAAAACAGAAAGGAAAAGAAAACAUGACACUGUCUUUCUGGAAGCAAUACAUACAUGAGUGUGAAGAUGGAAGAUGUGCUGCAUCACUAGAGGAUAUUCUCAUAUUUGCCACUGGUUUUGAUGUGGUCCCUGCAAUGGGCUUUGACCCUCCUCCCUCGAUAUCUUUCUUUGUGCCGCUGGAACCCUCCUUUGCCUUUCCUCAAAGUCAUACUGAAAGAAACCAGCUCAUUCUGCCUCUGCUUUCAUCCUAUGAACUCUUUAAGAAGCACUUGGAAUAUGCUGUGUGUCAGAUCUCUGUGAUGCAGGACAUGUGAAAUUCCCUCUAAAUGUGUAGAGGCUCCAGAAAUCCAGUGAAGGAAAAAAAUGACAUGCUACAGCAUAAGGACAUCCUUCACAACUGUGUGCUUCUUACUUUGUUGUGGCAGUUUCAAGAAGAACCACAUAUGAGUGGGGGGCAUAAAUUGUCUUAUAAUUUAUCCUUCUGUGUAUAUAUAUAUUCCUAGAAAGUUCUGUUGAUGUUUGAUAUUAUUCACCUCAAAUAAUUUUCAUAUCCCUAAUGUCAUUAAUUACACAGGUAGCAUUAUUGCUCAUUCAUUGCUGAUAAUUGGAAAGAACUUUAAAACAACAUUUUCAUUUUGUAAAUCAUCUCUUUAAUUUUUAGCUAUACUUUCUGUUGAAUGGUCACUGCAUUAUCCGUGUAAAGCUGCUUUGAGACAAUUUUCAUUGUUAAAAGCGCUAUAAAAAUAAAACUUUUAAUUAGACAAUUUCUUCAGUAAUUUUUCUCUAAGCAGUACCUGAGUUCAGCUUGUUAGUCUUUAAUGCUUUUGAAACUGACCAUUAAGACCUUAAGGCUUUCUUAAAAUGAUUUAUUAAUUAAAAUGUAAAAUGUAAAUACAUUAUGUUUGAAGCUUAAAGAUGUUAUUUCUUAGUCCUUUGUUUUCAAUAUACUGUAUAUAUGGAAGAUAUAGAAAAUUAAAGAGUGAAGAGUGAACCUUCUUAA